GUCUCGCGGUUUCCCUCUCCGUUUCUCUCACCAGCUCUUUCUCUCUCUCCCUGUUUCUCUGCCUAAAUCUUUCUCCCUCCUCUCCUUCUCCAAGCUUGGCAGCAAGCUAGCCCAGCCUAUAUAAACCACUGGUGACUCGAAAGCGUCUUCACUCUAUAAGAGAAGACAGUCUAGGUGUUAAGUCCAGAGAACACCUGCAACAUAUAACUCUGGUCACUGAAAGAGAGAGAGAGAGAGAGAGAGAGAGAGAGAGAGAGAGAGAGAGAGAGAGAGAGAGAGAGAGAAAGAGAAAGAGAGAGAGAGCGUGCGGUCUCCUGGUACAUUUUGAGUGGAAAAAGAGCAUCCCGACGUUUCCCUAUUCUGACGUUUCUGACAUCUCAAGCUCUCUUUCGAACAUAACGAGCCAAACGUCUUUGUCGUUCCGCGUCGACUCGUGUACACGAGUUUGUCGCACGUUAACGUUCCAGCGAACAUCCCUGCGAAGAGAGAGAUUCUUAAGAAUUUGAGUCUCUCGGAGAAGAAUCGAACCAAAUCGAAACCGUCCGUUUCGCGCCACUUGAGUCUCCCUACGUCAGCGUCGUUCCAUUCUUUUGGCUGCUUCACGUCGCUUAUAAUAGUGUCUCCAAACACGCGUGCUUUUUGCCGACGUGCACGAGGAUCAAGGAUCUGUCUUGCGUACCGCAAAGACAAGCAAAAUCCUAUAUCCGAUCCUAUAUAGGUAAUACAAACUCGGGAGGCGCAAGUUUUGGAUCAUCUUCGAAAGUUUCGUGUCUACGUAUAAAUAGAAAUGUCGAGUUCGCGCGUGAAUGUCAGCUACCAUAACAUGAGAAUAUUCAUCAUCGCCAUCCUCGUCGUCACUCUGUGUUAUCCGGCUUUCAUCGAUACGGCGGUGGUCCAUCGUUCCGAGAAACAGUUACAGCGAGUACUACUACGAGACUCUAACGCAAGGAUUCCACGAGCUGCGGAAGACAACAGGAAAGAUGCCCCGACACGAAUUUGUCAUAACGCGCCCUGUGGAUGGGCAGUUUACGAUACAGACAGCCGUAACAUUGAGUAUUUUAUGAAAAACACUUGCGUGUGCCUGGAUGAAAGCUACAAGUGCGUACGCGCCGGGGACGAUCUGUCCGCGAGCGCGUACGUGUACCGCUGUCGUCAAAACACGACGGCGGAUAACAUCGAGGCUCCGAAGCAGACAACGAUCUGAGACGAGGUCGGCGGCAGAUAGGAGGUCGUCUCGUCAUCGGAAUCUACUUGUCACUGCGUCAACUCGGGUACUGCUAUCGCCGUUCGUCUUCGCGAUCCAUAAUGAGCCAGCUCUUGAACUCUUGGACUUUUGGACUUUUAGACUCGACAUCUUUACCGUACGCCGUACGUCUUUACCGUACGAGAGUGCAUGAUUUUCUCUUUCAUUACGUCGAUUCCUCAAGUUAUUAAGUCAAAGUUGACAUUACUACGAGUAUAAAUGGCGUGGCACGCUUGUAUGGGUUAUCCCGGAUACGGGUAGGAAGGUCCCUUCCGCAUAAUUCUGUUGAAUUUUGCAACAAGAAUCAACUUUUCACAUAUAACAUAUCUUAUUAUACAAAGGUGUAUAUACAAAGGAUGUUAAAUCUUAUUGUUCCUUUUUUUGUAUAAAUUUUCUUUUCAACUCUCUCUCUCUCUCUCUCUCUCUCUCUCGUCGCAUUCACAAUAUUUUCCCAAUAAGAGAACACAAUGUGGCGACUAAUGAUAACAGUCAACUAUGUUAUGUUCGUAUCUACAUCGGAAGUCACAGUAGAAUAUAUAUGUAUAUUUAA